GAAUCAAUCGCUAGUGUUCACGUUGCUCCCACGUCUGUAAUAAAAUUAAAUAAAACUAGUUACAUUGAACGUACCCGGUAUGUACUACUGGUUGUUUUAGAAAAAAAACUCUAAAAGCUGUUACUUAGUUGUAUGAAUUAGAGUGCAUGGACUAGGACACACUGUUUCAGCACUCCUGUACAGUUGCGCAACUCUGUAAAACAUGUCUAUCGAUAAAGUUGAGUGCCGCCGUUAAAUCGAAACACAAAAGUAUCAUAAGCUGGUUGGUACAUCUGUGUUCCAAAUCCUCUCGAAUGGUUUCAUGCCAUCCCGUAUUCUUUUUUCCCGAUCGCCGCUGAGUCUUUGCACGACUAUUAACCCUAAACAUAACUUUAUUUCCCAAACAGAAAUAUGCCAUUUUACAGACCUAAAUAUUACUGUUUCAUUAGAAAGGGCAUUAAAUUUUUAUUAGUCUGCAUAGGUAAAAUGUCAGAAAGAAAUUAUAAAUUUAGUAAAUAUGUGAUGAACUUUGUUCAAUCAUAGAAUAAGUUGCUAUGUAAUAAAUUAUAUUGGGAUUUUACUGCUGAACUUAGUUAUUAUACUGGUCAAUUUGAUAUGCACGUGGUCAUUAUAAAAAGCCUUGCUUCCUGUUUUAUAUACUAGAGUGAAUGAUGAUCAACAUAAUGCUACUUAAUGUAGCGAACUGAUAUACGCCAGUCGCUACAUCGACCAACUUGAUCAAUUUAUCAUUCAGUGUUUUGUCUACACAUAAUAAGCGAUACUAGUUACAGGUGUUUGAGUAAAAUGGAAUGGAUGCGUAAAGAAUAAGCGUAUGAUCUUGUCAGAGGAGAGGAAACAAGGGAUUCACUAAAGUAGUCAUAAAUCUGUCACCCAUAAUUAUCAAUCAGGACGUCCUUUAUGAAUUGUGUUGAGCUCACUUUUGGUAGAUUAUGAGUCAAUUCAUUGUACCGUUUGAACACAACGACCCAAGGCUGUUUUCUCCUGUCUCACAAGCAUUUUCCUUAGCUGAUCUUGGAAAGCGUUUGUUGGAUGCUGCAAAGAACGGAGAUGUUGAAGAGGUCAAGAAUUUAAUAAGUUGUGGAGCUCCGUUCACUACUGACUGGUUAGGAAUAUCGGCACUUCAUUUUGCUGCUAUGAAUGGACAUCUCAGCUCUUGUGAGGCACUUCUAAGAGCUGGUAUCAGUAGAGACGCUCGCACUAAAGUCGAUCGUACUCCGUUGCACCUAGCAGCUCAAGAAGGCCAUGCAGAUAUUGUCGAAUUGUUAUUACGCAGUGGAGCAGAUCUUGGUGCUAAGGAUAUGUUGCGUAUGACAGCGUUACAUUGGGCAGCUGAAAGAGGUCAUACACAUGUGGUUCAAAUGUUAAUGCGUUUUGGAGCAAAUGCACAUCUUCAAAAUAAAUUCGAAAUGACACCCUUAGAUAUAGCUGAAAGUAAACACUAUAAUGAUGCUCGUGAUGCAAUGCUGAAUACUCAGUAUGAAUUGAUACUACCAGUCAGACGGAUGGUUAAUACAAAUGAAAAUUUAGUCGAUGCUAGUGCUUAUAUUUUAACUGAAGAAAAAACUUUAGUUCCAGCUGCUCCUCCAGCAGAUGAAGUCACUGUCACUGCAACAGCUGAAGAAGAAUCAGGCAGUACAGAAAAUCCUCAAACUUCUGAGAUAUUCUUAAAUCAUAAUGUCUAUAGUAAUAACAGUAAUGAUAAUAAUCAAAGUACAGGAGCGACAACGCAUAGUGGAGCGAAAAAUAAAACGAGAUUUGUCAAUAGACCAAUAUGGGAAACUGGAGAGAUAGAUGAAAAUACAAACCAAGCGCCAGAAGCACAGGCUCUUCCCUGUUCUUCAUCACACUCUCGUCCAGAUUCAACAAGCAAACCAAACAUGACGGAAGAUGCUUUACUGUCUUUUGAUGAGAAUUGUGCGAGAGAUUUUAUAAUAGUUGAAACUCCUGAUGGUGAGACACUGUAUGUUCGUCAACAGUCUAAUGAAGAUGGGACUAGUGGCUUGGUUAUACUAACCAGUACAGGUGAAGAAGUGAAUAACCCAGCCUUAAUGGAACAAGUGAUGGAUGCCAUGAUCAGCUUGCCUGGACAAGGAAUCAGUGAUACAGUAAACUCAAAUAACGUUAAUUUUGACUCAGAUUUAACUACUUCACCUCUCCAGCGUCCGAAGAAUAAUUCCAAAUCAGUAGACAACCAAACAACAGUUGUGUCCAGUGAUUCUUCUUCUCUCCAACCUGAUACUAAUGGCUGUCAAACAAAUUGUCAACAAUUAAGUCCUCAUAUUACUGAAAAUGAUGAUGAUGAUGAAGACGGUGAGGAGGAUAAUGAGGAUAGCGACAAUGAGGAAUCAGACCCACUAGUAGCUCAUUUAGCCUCGGUGGCAAAUCAACCUAGAUCGGAGCAGCCAACCAUCUGCGUAGAAGGGAUGGGACCUGGUGCUUCACCGAAUCAUUUAAGAAGAUGGUGUGUACAAAAUGGGAUAUAUAUUCGUGGAAAUGCAGAAGAACCAUCGUUCAUUGUUGAAUUCAUUCAUGAAGAUGAAGCGUAUACUCUUUCAGCAUCAUACGAUUCGGAAUCUGGUUGUAUCACUUUCUCUCAUGUAAAAACUGAAGAGGAAGAGGGAGUGGAGCAGUUCUAAAAUAAUCUACUACUACUUCAAGACAUGACGGUUAUGUAAAUAUUUUCAUUGCAUUUUUAUUGAAAACAGAAAGAAAAAUUUGUUUACUUACUUUUUUAAUUAAUAAAUAACACAUGGAAUAA